AUUUUCAAACCUAGAAGUUGUGGGGUGUGUCCAUGGAAGAGUGUUGUGGGGGCUGGGUUCAGGAGGCCCUGCGCACAUGUGCUGUCACUCAACUACCCUGCACAGACAACCCAGACUGAGAGACGAGGAACAAGAGCUUCUAGUAGCCUGGAGACGCCCGUGUCCCUGCCUCAUUGAAAAAUUUAGCUUGGACACUGCUGUCCAAGUCUCCAGUGUUGUAUCACUUGGCAGUGGUUCAUUGUGAACAUUGAGGAUCAAAAGCCAGAUGAUGAAGGUUGUGGCGGUCCUGGGUGCACUGAUGGCUGUUGUCUGUCAGGUCAGCAGCAGCAGUCAGGUAACACAGAGCGAUCUGAAGCCAGCUGCGCUGUACCCCUGGAGACACAGGAGUGCAGGUCCACAGGUCAGGGUCAAGAGAGACUGGAUCAUUCCACCAAUCAGAGUGUCAGAAAACAGCAAACAGCUCCCUGAAGAUCUGGUCCAGAUCAAAUCAGACAAGGUUUUCACCGGGGAGGUGAUAUACAUGCUGGAGGGACCCGGGGUUGACCAGGACCCCAAAGGCCUCUUUGAAAUUGAUGAAAAAACAGGAUGGAUCAAAAGCAAAAUGCCACUAGACAGGGAAAAACACAAGAGCUUUAAGCUCAAGGCUUUCGCACUUUCCCCAAGUGGAGAGAGACUGGAAAGUCCCACCACGAUUGAAAUCUACGUUUUAGAUCAGAAUGACCACAGGCCUGAAUUUACCCAGAAGGAGUUUGUCGGCACUAUCCCAGAAUUCUCUGUUCCUGGAACUUCAGUAAUGCAGGUUACAGCGAUAGAUUCUGAUGAUCCAAUGACAGAAAACGCAGCUCUGAGCUACUCCAUCAUUGGACAAGAGAGCAUCCCUCCUCAUGGCAUCAACAAGACCAUGUUUGGCAUUAACAACAAAACUGGAGUCAUCUACACUCGGGAUGUGGGACUAGACAGAGAUGUGGUGCAGUCUUUCAGGCUGACUCUGCAGGUGGCUGACAUGUCUGGAAUGGGCCUAACCUCCACCGGUCGUGCCAUCAUUCACAUCUCUGACAUUAACAACCAUGCUCCGAAAUUCCAUCCUACCAUGUACAACAUGAAUGCAAUGGAGAACAAGUACAUCAUGGAGCUGGGCAGGGUCAAUGCGACAGAUAAGGACCAGAAAGGUGGAGAUAACUGGAAGAUUAAGUACACCAUUGUAAAUCCUUCAGGGCACUUUGCCAUCCGCACAGACCCAGUUUCCAACCAAGGCAUCAUUUCUGUGGCUAAGCCACUAGAUUAUGAAUCCCAGGCCGAGUACAAGCUCAUUGUCAAAGCAGAGAAUGAAGUCAGGCUUAAAGCCCCAUACGAACAAAUACACAGUGCUACAGUCACCGUCAGAGUGAUGAAUGAGAACGAGGCUCCAGUCUUCUAUAAAAACCCCAUUAAAGUGACUGUUGCGGAGUCCAUUGUUCCCGGUACUGUCCUGGUCUCAGAUAUUGCUCACGAUCCAGACAAUGCCAAGCUAAGGUUUGAAAUCAUCCAGGAUCCUGAGAGUUGGCUUGCUAUCAACCAUGAAACUGGACAAAUCACAGCCAGGAGAUCCUUCAAUAUCCGGUCCCCCUACGUCAGAAACAACAUUUACCCUGCUAUUGUGAAAGUCAUAGAUCAGGACGGUGAUGGCAUCUCUGCAACAGCUACAUUGGAGGUCAAUCUGUGGGAGACCAAUGAUUACCCACCAGUGCUGAUACCCUUGAGUGGGACAGUGUGCAGUAAUCAGGACAGAGAUAAGCUGGGCCUUCUGCUUAGUGCUGUGGAUGAGGACAUGUCCCCUCAAGCUGACCCCUUCACUUUUUACAUUGCUGAUCAAAACGUGGCUGCCAACUGGACCAUCAUAACUCUUAAUGAGACCCAUGCGGUUCUCCAGCCACUGAUAGACAUAGAGAAAGGGGAAUUCUCUAUUCCUGUGCUCGUAUCAGACUCUGGCUCUCCUUCCCUUUCCUCUAAUGCUCUGGUCAACGUGACUGUGUGUCCCUGCGACAGUUUCGGUGACUGCAGGAGCUACACCGCAGCCGUCUUUGGAACCAAAAUGGGAAUAAGCUUCAUUGCCCUUAUGAUUAUUAUGGGAUGCAUUGCUCUUCUGUUAUUUUUGAUUGUUCUUGCUGUGGCGGUGAAGGGCUGCACAAGGCAGAACAUUAGAAAAGGAGAAGGUCUGUUGGUCGGAGUGUCUGAUGAUGACAUCCGAGACAAUGUCUUUCACUACGAUGAGCAGGGAGGAGGAGAAGAGGAUGAAGAUGCAUUUAAUAUCGAUUUUCUGAGGAACCCAAGUGACAUGGUCCCUGCCCCAGCUUCAUUUUCCCCACAAGACUGCAGCCUGCCCAGGAGAAAACAGCCUCUAAGGAAAGACGCACCCCAUAACCUGCCUUCUCCUACAUAUCCACGCAAACCCCCCGGAGACCCAUCAGACAUAGAAGAUUUCAUCAAUGUUGGGCUUGACGCUGCUGACAAUGACCCUAACGUCCCACCAUACGAUACAGCACUGAUCUAUGACUAUGAGGGCGAUGGGUCGGUAGCAGGCAGCCUCAGCUCUAUCGCUUCCAUGGGCUCAGACGGUGACCAUGACUAUGACUACCUCAAUGACUGGGGACCACGGUUUAAAAAACUGGCCAACAUGUACGACCCACGUUAGGCACCAGACUGAUCCUUUUGUUCAAAAUGUUCAAAUACUCUCAUACAUGCAUGUCCUUCAAAACUCUAUGCAAAUCAAAUGUCCCAUCUUCAGUAUGAGAGUGCUCAUGAUGUAAGGACGAGGGGCGGAUUACAUUAUUGAUAUUGUAGAUAAACGGAGGUCUCCAUCAAUUCCCCAGUGAUCAGUGUAAAGGUCAUCAUUGUCAAAAAGAGACCGCACACAGUUUUUUUCCAUUCCUUCAUGGAUCAGUGAACCAAUUCAACAUACUGAUGUGACAAGUGCUUACUGUGGGCCAGAGUGUAAAUGGCUCACAUUAUGAAAGCACAAACUGGAGGGAAGAACUUUGUGUUAGUGCAUACUGAUUAGACAUGGUGCAAAAAGAGAUGCUUUGUUCAUAAACCAUGAGUCAUGUUCUUGUGAGAUUAAUUUAGCUGAUGACCAAUACAGUGAUUUUCUGUACAAAAGAAGAAUUCACCCAAAAAAGA